AUGGCAUCGCAGGGCGGUAUGCCUCCUUCUACGGCACCACAAGGACCUCCAUACCCUCCCAUGGUUUGGCCACUAGGCGGACCUCAAGUGAAGCGUAUCGACAUUCCAGCCCAAACAGUUUUCAUGUUCUUCUUCAUGAUUGGAGCAGCGGUACACAUGAAGAUAUUCCAAAAGAACAGAGCACGAGGACACAAGUUCCUGGCAAACAUCUUUAUCUUCGGCUUUUGUAUGGAGCGCAUAUUGACAUCGAUACUACGACUCGCAUCAGUCUCGAAUCCAACGAACGUUCCGCUUGCCAUCGCCGCGCAAAUCUUCAUCGCGGCAGGCGUCCUUAUCUUGUUCAUUAUCAACAUCAUCUUCGCGAUACGCCUAGUAAGGUCGACACAUCCAUCAGUGGGUUGGCAUCCUGCCUUUAGUAUCGCAUUCAGGGUUCUUUACGUAUUGAUCGGUUUGACUCUUAUCGCUGUCAUCAUAGCUACUGUCCAGAGCUUCUACACCCUCGAUGCAGGUACUCGAGCUACCGACCGUGGCUUCCAGCAAUACGGCGCAACGUUUCUCGCCAUCGUCGCUACACUACCUUUACCGAUUACAAUGCUUACGCUGCUCAUUCCCUACUCGCCACUCGAUCGCUUCGGUAUCGGCCGUCUUCGCACGAAAGUAAUAGUUCUACUAAUCAGCACAACACUCCUCUCGAUUGGUGCAUGGUUUCGCUGUGGCGUUACCCUUCAGACACCAGUCCCACGAUCGCAACCUCUACCAGGAUAUCUUGGCAAGGCACCAUUCUACAUCUUCAACUUCCUCGUCGAAAUUCAAACCGUACUCAUGUAUGCCAUACUUCGCGUAGAUCUUCGCUGGCACAUUCCCAAUGGCGCAAAGGGACCGGGUAGCUACGCUAAACCACAACGGCAAGACGUGGAAAUGCAAGAUUCUCGACCUACGUCCUCGGAUAGCGUGCAAGAUGAUAGCAAAUCCCUCAAGACUAUUAGCGAAGACGAAGAAAAGGAAAUCGAUGAUGAGAAAGCCGAAGAGCUUGCUGCACCCAGGAUUAUAGAGAUAGACCUUGGAAAUUCUUCACGCAGCUCCCUCGCACCACCAGAGAUGGAAGUACACAGGAGUUCAGCCCGCAGCUCUCUUGCACCACCGAAGACGGUAGAUAGAUCAGCCCGCAGCUCCAUCAUCUCUCAACGCCUAUCGUCAUUCAUCAGCAAAUCUACCAGUACACUGACCACUUUUGCCACGGCAGAACAGAAACAACGAUGGCGCGAGAGCGAAGAAGGAAGAAUAAUCAGGAGAUUGGGCGGACCAUGGCAGCAACUCCCUAGUCCUACUGAAACGGCUUUCAGCAUUAGCAGGAGUCCGACAAGGAGCGUUUUUAGCCACACGACAGGAGAUGAACCGGAACCACCUCAACCAGCAUACCACCAAAGGAGCGAUAGCGGUGCGCCUAGCAUACCCGAUGUCGUCAGCGAGGGUGGAUGGACACCAAGGAUCGAGUGGGAAUUCCGCAGUCCGAGACGAUUCCUCAGUUUGAAGAAGAGGAGUAUGAUUGGUUUGCAACUUCCGAAAUGA